AUGCGGGCCACAUCUCACCUCUUCCAGUACCUCUACAAGUACAUCCAUAAAGGUCCCGACUACGCGAAGGCCGAAGUACUGGCACCCGGCGAACCUCGUCCGCCUGUGAAUGAGAUAGACGACUACUUCAACUCGCGCUACCUCACAGCUUUGGUGGCAACCUGGCGCAUACUGGGCUACCACAUUACCCACAAGGAGCCUGCCGUGACUGGUCUGCCCGUGCAUCUUCCAUCCGACACGUCCCGUCGUGCGUACGCCACACGACGUGGAGUACCCGCCCGCUCUUCGUCCACACUAGACCAUUACUUCGUUCGCCCGCGGGGCACGUUUGUCUAUCGUGGUGCCGUCAGAAACUUUGCCGACUUGACCUAUGCCGAGUACUGGUCAAUCUUCUACACGACAAAGUUCAAGGACGACAAUGUGGCAAAGCCGCGCUUCUUUUCUGAGUAUGGGACUAUUGCUGGCCGACCACUCAUGCAUGUCGUUCAACGCAAAGACGAAGCCGUGCACGUAACACGCCUGCAUGCCGCCCGAGUCUCCGAGGGUGAACGAUUCUACCUGCGACGAAUGUUACAGCUAUUCCCGGCCUUUUCCUUCGACGAGCUCCGCAUUGUCAAUCGCGUGUCAUGCACUACCUAUCAGGAAGCAGGGCGUGCGACUGGCAUGUUUGAGGACGAACACGAAGCCAAGUAUGCGAUGGCCGAGGCCGUAGCUGCGCUGAAAACACCAGCUCAGCUUCGCUUCCUCUUCCUCGACCUCCUCGUCAACGACUGUAUGCCUUCUCCGAUUGCAAUAUGGAAUCGUUUCAGUGCACAGCUUUCGCGUGACCACGUUAUCUGGCAGCAGAACGACAUUUUAGGCAUUAACGCGGCCCUUCAAGACCUCGCACGCGACGCGACCCGCCGGUACCGGACCUUCAAUGGCGAACAGCGUGCUAUCUUCGACGAAGUGGCUGCUGCGUUUCAUAACGACACACCCCUGUGUAUCUUCAUUGACGGCAAGGCCGGUCGCGGCAAGACCUUCUUGCUCGAGGCCAUUAUUGAGUACGUGCGCAGCCACAACCAAAUCGCCAUUGCGACUGCAUCGACUGCUCAUGCUGCUCUCCUCUACCCUGGUGGACAGACAAUGCACUCUAUGUUCAAGAUCCCCGUCGUCCAGAACAACGAGUUCGUCGAGAGUGACAUCACCGGCGCGGACCAUCCACAAGGGGAACUUAUACAGGCCUCGCGGGUCGUCGUGGUUGACGAGGUACCAACGGCAAACCGCGCUCCGCUGUCCUGUACAGAAGCAGUCCGUCGCAUCGUCAUAGACAGGCCGAACGUCCCUUUCGGCGGAAAGAUCGUGCUAUGGAGCGGCGACUUUAGACAAACUUGCCCAGUCGUUCCGAGUGGUUCACGCCGCGAUAUCGUCGAGGCUUCCAUCCGCUCUUCACCACUGUGGAACUUAUUCUCCUUCGCAGCUUACGUGGACGCUCUUGGUGAUGGUGCAGGGCCCGAUGUACCAAUCCUGAUGCUACCCAUUGCACAUACUGAGGACGACCUCAUCAACUUCACGUUUCCCUCCGACAUCAUCAGAGACCCAGUCGCGUGCCACCGCAGAGCGAUCCUGGCACCUACGAAUAAGCAAGUGAGCAAAUACAAUGCUGCCGUUCUUAGGCGUGUACCCGGAGAUGCGCGAACGUACCUGUCGACAGACUCCAUCAAGGAGAUUGAAGACGUCGAACUUCUUGAUAUUGACCCGGAAGACCUCCUUGCCGCAAACCGCGAGCGCUUCAUCCACGGAAUGGCACCCCAUAGGUUGAAUGUGAAACCGGGCUGCAGUUGUCGGCUGCUGCGUAACAUGUCCAUAUCACGGGCACUCGUGCGCAAUGUCCGCGUCGUAAUCGUCGACGUCGGGGAUCGUAUUCUGACGGUUCGACGGAUCCGCGAACUUCCGGAUGGCCGCGGCAUCAUCGACGGCGAAGACGUACUUCUUCCUCGCAUACCGUUCCUGCAUGUCCUUCCUUCCGGCCACACUCUCAUCCGCAAACAAUUCCCGAUUGAUCUUGCGUACAGCACAACUUUUAACAGCUGUCAGGGUUUGACUCUCGACCGUGUCGCCGUUGAUCUCACCACACCUGUCUUCUCCCACGGACAGUUGUACACGGCGCUAUCACGCAUUUGCCGUCGCGAGCACGUUUACACACUAUGCAAAUUGACCAUCGACCGACGAACUUCCCCGCGGCGCAGCUGCGACAAACCUUGUAUGUCAGACCGAAAGAGCCUGACCAAGAAAGGCGCUACGGAUGCGCUGAACAAGGUCGUACAUCGGUCGCUGCUGGACUACCGCAAGUCACAGAUCAACGUGUCCUCGCGCCUCUACCUGCUGCGGAAUAUGCUGGCACCGCAGGAAGACGCGCCACCGGGCGUGGUCCCAAUGAUGCUGCGAAAUUACCUCAAAGUGCUCAACCACAAGGCACGAAAGGCUCUCGCGCAGCUGGUUGCUAGCGACUACCCGCUCGCCUUGGAGCGCCUGCGCCACGGAGACGCCAGUUUCCGCAACGACGUCAAGAGGCACGCAGAUACCCAAAAUCUUCGCCGGUGCCGUUUCUGCGAAGAAUCCGUCGAGUCGCCAGAGCACGCCCUGCUCAUCUGCGCGAGAUCCGACGCUCUUCUCACCGCACGCGUCGCGUUCCUCGUCCUCGUCACGGGGAUUUGA